GGGCCAAACCCAACUCCCCUGAAGCUGCAAGCAACUGGAUUAUUGUAUAGGGGAAUCAAAAGGUGUUUGAGGAAUAAUCUGAAUCCCAACCUCUCUCAAUCUCAAACCUCAAUGGGUUACAUUCAAGACGCGCGUGAGAAUCACGUCAAGAAGAAAGAGGAAGAAGCUUUACGCAGCAAAAUGAAGCAGAAGGCAUUGAAACAGUGUGAUCGUUACACGGCAAAAUAUGCUGAAUGCGCUUCAGGGAGAACACUGUCUGUUGUUUGGCAAUGUCGCCAACAAGCUAAAGAAUUGAACGAAUGUCUUCAUCACUUCACCAAUGAUUCUGUCUUGGAGGAAAUGAAGAAAGCGUACAUGCUAAAACAAGGUGGAGAGGGCUCUGCUAGAAUCUAGAGUAUUUAAUUUUGAUGACAAGAUGUGUGAAACAGAUUAUGGAUAUACUCUGAAGCAUCUUACGUUCAAAAAAUUUAGAUGUUUGGAAUUAGGUCUUCAUCGUUGUGAUGCUGUGGAGCUUCAUUAAACUGCAACCAUUUUACGGAAUAGUAGCACAUAAAUGAAAAGAACUUGACUUGGA